AUGCAGUCCCAGUGCGCCAGAGCAGGCUUCCGCGCGACGCGUCUCGUGCUCUCGCGCCAUGGCGCCACGCGCAACGUCGCACGGCGCCAGGCCCUGGUGCUGCCGAAGCUGCGCUCAAGGCCGUCUUCUUUCGCGCGGUCCUUCUACACGAGCUCGACCGCAGACACGAGCACCAACACCCCGGCCCGGAAGCGCGGCUCCGCCUUUGCGCCGCUCGACACCUUCCCCCACCGCCAUAUCGGGCCGUCCGCCAGCGAUGCCGAGCAGAUGCUCAAGGUCCUCGACCCGCCCGUCGGCUCGCUCGACGAGUUCGUGAAGCAGGUCGUGCCCGAAGACGUGCUGUCGGACCGCAAUCUCAAGAUCGACGGGCCCCAGGUCCGCACCAAGACCGGCGAGACGGCUUUCAGCCAGGAUGGGUACACCGAGAGCGAGUUGAUAGACCGCCUUCGCGACAUUGCCAGCGGCAACAGCGUCUACCGCAGCUACAUCGGCUGCGGCUACGCUGGCACCCGCACCCCCGAGGUCAUCAAGCGCAAUGUGCUCGAGGGCCCGGGCUGGUACACCAGCUAUACCCCAUACCAGCCCGAGAUCAGCCAGGGUCGCCUGGAGUCUCUGCUGAACUUUCAGACCAUGGUCUCGGACCUCACUGGCCUGCCAAUCGCUAACGCCUCCGUUCUGGACGAGCCCACCGCUGCUGCAGAGGCCAUGACGGUGGCUAUGAAUGCGCUGCCCGCGAGCAGGCUCAAGAGGCCGACCAAGGUUUUCUUCGUCGACGAGAACUGCCACCCGCAGACCGUCGCAGUCCUUCAGUCUCGUGCUCAGGGAUUCGGCAUCACUAUUGAGACCGGCGACGUGCUGAAGGAGGGCAGCAAGCGUGUGCAGGAAAUUGGCCAGGAUCUCGUCGGUGUGCUGGUGCAGUACCCAGACACAUAUGGAGGUGUGGAGGACUACAAGGCUCUUUCAGAUGCUGUGCACAAGCUUGGCGCCACCGUCAGUGUUGCCACAGACCUGCUUGCUUUGACCGUCCUGAAGGCUCCUGGCGAGUUCGGUGCCGACAUUGCUUUUGGAAACGCCCAGCGUUUCGGCGUGCCCUUUGGCUAUGGUGGCCCCCAUGCUGCCUUCUUUGCUGUGAGCGAUAAGCACAAGCGCAAGAUGCCUGGUCGCCUCAUUGGCCUCUCCAAGGAUCGCCUGGGAGACAAUGCGGCAAGGCUUGCCCUUCAGACCAGAGAACAGCACAUCCGCAGGGAGAAGGCCACGAGCAACAUCUGCACAGCUCAGGCCCUCCUGGCGAACAUGAGUGCCUUCUACGCCAUCUAUCACGGCCCCCAGGGCUUGAAGGCUAUCGCCGAGAGGACUAUUACUGCCGCGCGAGUUUUGCAGAAGGGUCUGAACCAGCUGGGCUUUGAGACCAGGAAGCGGGGCACUGGCCAAAAGGGCGCUGUGCUCUUUGACACUGUCGUCGUUGACACGGAGAACAACUCGGACCGGCUCAUCAAGAAGGUCCUGGACGCAAAGAAGAUCAACCUGAGGAAGAUUGACGAUAGCCACAUUGGUAUCACCGUGGACGAGACCAUUACCAAAACCGACAUUGAGGACAUCCUGGAUGUGUUUGGCCACUUCGUCGGUGUCAAGACCCUCCCUGAUCUUGAAGCUCUUGCUGAGCAGGUUUCCACCGCCGGCAUUCCCGAGCAGUUCAAGCGUACGACGCCCUACCUGACCCACCCGGUUUUCAACACCCAUCAUUCUGAGACCGAGCUCCUCCGCUACAUCCAUCAUCUCCAGUCCAAGGAUCUUUCCCUUGUCCACUCCAUGAUUCCGUUGGGCUCCUGCACCAUGAAGCUCAACGCCACCACAGAAAUGGCUCCCGUCACCUGGCCCGAGUUCUCUUCCCUCCACCCAUUCGUUCCCAAGGACCAGGCAAAGGGCUACGAGACUCUCAUCACUGAGCUCGAGAAGGAUCUGGCUGAAAUUACUGGCUUUCACUCUGUCUCUCUGCAGCCGAACUCUGGGGCUCAGGGCGAGUUCACUGGUCUUCGCGUCAUCCGCAAGUACCUGGAGCAGCAGCCCGGCAAGAAGCGUGACAUUUGUUUGAUUCCCGUAUCUGCCCACGGUACCAACCCUGCUAGUGCCGCCAUGGCUGGCAUGCGUGUUGUUACGAUCAAGUGUGACACUGGGACCGGUAACCUGGACAUGGAAGAUUUGAAGGCCAAGUGCGAAAAGCAUAGCGAGGAGCUUGGUGCUAUCAUGGUCACUUACCCCAGCACUUUUGGCGUGUUCGAGCCCAAGAUCAAGGAAGUCUGCACGCUUGUCCACGAGCAUGGCGGCCAAGUCUACAUGGAUGGCGCCAACAUGAACGCUCAGAUCGGUCUGUGCUCGCCCGGCGAGAUUGGCGCUGACGUGUGCCACCUGAACCUCCACAAGACCUUCUGUAUCCCUCACGGUGGUGGUGGGCCCGGUGUCGGCCCCAUCGGUGUUGCCAAGCACCUCUCCCCCUUCCUCCCCGGUCACCCCAUUGUUCCAACUGGUGGUGAGAAGGCCAUCGCCCCCGUCUCUGGCGCACCCUGGGGAUCCUCCUCCAUCCUGCCCAUCUCCUGGUCUUACAUCAAGAUGAUGGGCGGCCACGGCCUUACCCAUGCCACCAAGCUCACUCUUCUCAACGCCAACUACAUCCUCUCCCGCCUCAAGCCGCACUACCCGAUCCUGUAUACCAACGCCGCGGGCCGCUGCGCGCACGAGUUCAUUCUCGACGUGCGUAAGUUCAAGGAAACGGCUGGUGUCGAGGCCAUCGACAUCGCCAAACGUCUGCAGGACUACGGCUUCCACGCGCCCACCAUGAGCUGGCCUGUCGCCAACACCCUCAUGAUCGAGCCGACUGAAAGCGAAAGCAAGGAGGAGCUCGACAGAUUCUGUGAUGCCUUCAUCCAGAUCCGUAAGGAAAUCGCCGCGAUCGAGAAGGGCGAGGUGCCCAAGGAAGGCAAUGUGUUGAAGAUGUCGCCACACAGCCAAAAGGAUCUUCUGAGCGACGAGUGGAAGAGGCCGUACACCAGAGAGUAUGCGGCAUACCCGCUGCCAUACUUGAGGGAGAAGAAGUUCUGGCCGAGCACGACGAGGCUGGACGAUACUUAUGGCGACACGAACCUCUUCUGCACUUGCGCUCCCCCCGAGGAGUUUGAGCAGGCUCAAACAAAGUAA